UACUUGAACCCCUGAAACAGGAGGUCGGUUAGCAGAAGCGGCACCAGAAGACGCUACCAUCUCGACUUCAUACGCUUCUCGCUCAUUGCUCUCGUUCCUACCGGUGCAUUUUAGUCCAUUUUGCUCACCGAGCUUGCUGUGAGUUUGUCCUCGUGGUUACAGAAUUAUUUGUUCGGCAAAUUUUGUUCUUUCGUGCCGAGUUUUGGAGGGAACGUCAGCCGUUGGUCCACGACUACACUCCAGUUUUCAUUCGAAACCUGCAAGCCACUCUCAUCAUGUCACAGGCACUCGGUAGCUUUUCGACCACGCUUGGAGAGGAAAACAGACAAGCCAACGCCAGGAGAUUGAAGAGGGAAGACAACCAGAGCCGGCCCAUCGCUCCCCAGGCCACCAAGCGCGUGGCUCUCGGAGUUCUCAACCAAAAUGCCGGCCGACAACGAGUCCAACCGCACCGCGCUGCAAAACAGAACUGCGGUCCUUUAGGGACUUCAGCGUGCGGCCAGACCGGGAGCGUCGGUUGUGGUCAGGCGGGAAAGCCCACCACUGGGUUCUUUGUCCCGCCCGCCGCUUCUACCCAGUUCUCCAUCCAUGUCGACCAUCAGGCAGAUUCAGAGCGGUCGAAAGAACCUCAGGUUCCUCCACAGUCACAACUCUUGGCACUGAGAGGAAUAGGCAAGCCAUCAGCAUCUAUGGCCGAACGACGAGUUUUAACUUGCUUUCUAACUUUCCAGCUAAGGCAUAGACCCAAGCCUGGCUAUAUGAAGAAGCAGCCUGACAUCACCAACUCCAUGCGGUGUAUCCUGGUGGACUGGCUGGUGGAGGUCGCUGAGGAGUACAAGCUGCACAACGAGACGCUGUACCUGGCCGUGUCGUAUAUCGACCGCUUCCUGUCCUCCAUGUCUGUCCUGCGCAGCAAGCUGCAGCUGGUUGGGACAGCAGCCAUGUUCCUCGCAUCGAAGUAUGAAGAAAUCUAUCCCCCAGAUGUUGGAGAGUUUGUGUACAUCACUGACGACACCUACACAAAGAAACAGGUUCUGAGGAUGGAGCACCUGAUCCUGAAGGUCCUGUCGUUUGACGUUGCCGUGCCAACCAUCAACUGUUUCCAGAAGAGGUUCCUCCAGGCUGCAAAGGUCAACUCCAAGACAGAAAGCCUGGCCAUGUACCUGGCAGAGCUGACUCUACAGGAGGGAGAGACUUUCCUGAAGUACAUCCCCUCCACCAUCGCUGCUGCCUCGCUCUGCCUGGCUCAGCAUACGCUCAACAUGCAGCCAUGGACGCCGACCUUGAUGCACUACUCGGGCUACACGCUGGCAGACCUUCUCCCAUGUGUGCAGGACAUGCACCGAACCUUCCAGUCUGCACCGUCCUCACAGCAGCAGGCAGUCAGGGAGAAGUACAGGAGUCCCAAGUACCACAGCGUGUCUACGAUCCUGGCACCAGCAACCAUUCCGACGGCAUAAUCAUGUGCAAUGCAGGGUGAAAUUUAAGUGUUGUACAUUUUGUGUAAAGACAAAAGAUUGCUAUACCAGUAGAACAUGGACUGCUCCUAACCAAAAUUUUGCUGCCAAACUUGUUCGCUGAAUGGAGAGUAGAGCAUUUUAGAAAUGAUCACUGAGGACGAAAAUUUGCAAGUUUUAUUUUUAGUAUGUGUAUGCCAAUAAAAAUGUUUUUAACAAAAUGAUUUUAAGUUUUUAGCAUUUUAUGAUAGACGUGUAGGUUUGUUUGAGUGCAAUUGCAAUCAAUCCAGGUUCAGGCAACUUGUCACUGCCAACAAAAACUUCCUGUUCAAAUACAUUAGAAAUCUUUCGGCUGUUGAAAUUUUCUACUUUGCUGAACAAUCCGAAAGAUAGUAAUGUUAACCAGUCAAAUAUAGUUUGUGGUGAAAGUCAAAUGUCUAGACAUGAAAGAAGUCUCAGAUUCCCUUUGUUUUAAUUUGUGUAAAAAAAAAUGGUGGUUAGGUAUGCACAUUCUGUGGGGAAUCUUUGACAUAAAUGAAAUGUUAUGUGGAAGUGUUGGGCUGAACUGUUGUCCCUGCUACGGCUGCCACUGGCUGCACCUUGCGUCAGCUCUCUUCCUGUCCUUUUGUGAAAUAAAGAUGAAUUCUGUUGUCAGUGAAGGAGCAGCCAGUGGCCAGCCACACCAGCAGAUGCGCUUAGCUUUCCCACUACGGAAGACACGUUAGGGAGGAGGCAGAUGAGAAAACAGCUUUGUUGACCACACAUCCCUGCCUCACUGUGCAUUUAGACUGCACGAACCUACAAUAGUAUAGCAUUGAGUUUUGGUACAUGUAUGAGUAAUCUGCAACACCUUUUGACUAGGGUAAUGUCAUCAGAAAACCCUUGAAUGUAUCUUUCCCAAAACUUGUGCUCCAGGCUAAGCUGAUUGGUAGGUUUUAAUGUACGGUUAACUCUGCCCUAACAUGUCAAAAAUUGCUAGGCCAUCCAACACAUUGUCCAAGUGGAACUUGUAAAGAUGUACAUAAUACCUGGUAUAUCAUGCUUUUGCACAUAGUAAGUCAUUCUGUGCAUAUCUGCAUUGUAUCAUUUGUUUUACUUUGUUGUAAUGUUACCCAUGUACAUUUGUAACUUAGUUUUUUUAUUAAAGUUUUUAUUAACACUA